AUGGAGAUAUUCUACUUCUUUCCAAUACUACCCUUCACUUCAUUGUUAAUUUACACAGUUUUACUCCUCACCGAUCUUCCUUUCAGUUCAGGCGGCCAUGGAAAUUGGUUCGACAGCUGCGCAAAUACCUUCAGUUGCGGAAACAUUACCGGCGUCGGUUACCCUUUCUCCGGGAAUGACAGGCCAAAAGAAUGCGGCUAUCCGGGCUUGGAGCUUGAUUGCAAUAAGUUUGAUGAGUCUACUACGAUUUCGAUCAUGAAAGUGAGAUAUCGUGUCCUGGAGAUUAACCAAACCGCGAAUAUUCUCACGAUCACGAGAGAAGAUUUUGCGGCAGGGAUUUGUGAAGCGCAGUCGUUUAAUGCGACUUUGGACCCCACGCUUUUCGAUUUCGCCUCUCGGUAUGUGAACUUCACGUACAAGUUCACUUGCCCACCAAGUGUUCGACCUUUGCCCGGACUGGAGUCUAUGCCGCCGGUUCCCGAGGGGCUCGAUUGUCUCGUGAGCGGGUUUAAUUUGGGGAAUGGUUAUGUUCAGAUUGGAGGUCCCGGUGGCGCAGGGACGACGUGCGAGGCUAGCGUGGUUAUCCCGGUUCGGAAUUCGACGGUCGUGGCCGGAGAAGAUGGAAACGAUUUUUUGAAUCUGAAGGAAAUUCUGGAGGAGGGGUUUGAUGUGAAGUGGAAAGUGGACGGUGAAUUGUGCCGGGAGUGCGAGAAUUCAGGCGGACGGUGUGGGUUUGAUCUUAAAGGUAACCGGUUUGGUUGUUGGUGCCCGGAACAAUCCUUGCCGUCGAUCAAUACAUGCAUGACAAGCACCGGCGGUAGCACCAGUCUGCAACUAUCCCCGGCGACAUCAAUUGCAUCAGCCGCAGUGACAGAACCAUCUAGUCCAUCAACAGAAACAUAGAGGACCAGAGAAAACAAAGAAGAGAAAAAAAAUAUUCGGUGACCGGAGACGGGGAUGGUCUAGGUUUCAA